CAAACAUCGGGAGGUAGCCGACUUCCUGUUUUGUCUAGUAAACAAUGUAACAGAAGGAUAAUUACAACUUUGUCUUGUGGCUAAUAUCAAAAUGUUAUUGUAUUAAAUCAUUUUUUUUAUUACCAAACUAUCAUCUAAUUCAAAUGAAUGAAGAGACGAAAGCCCUCCACCAAAAUGACCAAUGUGGUACAUUCAGGAUGGAUGACAAAAUCACCACCUGAAAGAAGACUGAACACCACUUUCAGAAUUUUUCGAGCUCAAUGGAAGCGGCGCUACUUUGUACUCCGCAAGCCCUCAGGGAGCCUCCCUGACCAGUAUGAGCUGCAUUAUUACAAGGACGAACAGUGCAACAGUAGAAAGGGAUCCAUCGACCUAGAGCAGUGUGAACAGAUCAUCGAGGCUCUGGACUCAGAUAUCUUUCCCAACCUGCUGGCCAUCAAGACAUUUUGUAGGAACAAGGUCAGGACUUAUUAUCUAGCUGCGGACACAGAACAGGAAAUGAAUAAUUGGGUUCAGUGGCUGUGUCAUGUCUGCGGUCUACGGCCAGAAGAUCAACCAACAGACUUGCCAGAACAGAAGCCACAAGCAACAACUCCACCGCAGACUGUUACCAACGGACAGCAACCUGUCUCUCCACCAAACACCAGACUGAACACACCCCAGCCGACACAAAUACCUCUAGCAAGUAACAAACCUAAUUUGACUCGGACAUCGUCUAACUCAUCUAGCACAUCAUACAUCCAAUUAGAACACUGCACAACUGGGCCCCCAGCCACCAAGUCUGAGAGCACAGAGAGCGUGCCCAACUUCACGGCACCAGACCCCCCACAGAAGAACAAGAACCAGCCCGGGGGGACGGCCGUGGACGACGACGUGUUUGUGGGCCAAGAGAUUUACGACCACCCCCGCAGUACGGACGAGAAGAUGAGCUCCAGGUACCCAGAUCUGUACCAGACCCCCCCAGCCAGACCAGGCUUCAGGCCCGUGGAGGAGGGAAACACGUCGUACGACAUCCCACCCACCCACGACCACAGCCCACGCUUCAGCACCCGCACGGACUCGGCCACAUCUGGGAGCGUUGACGACAGGGCUGCCACCCCCCCAGAGUGCUACGACUACCCUCCCCCGCGCCUCGGCUCCACCACAUCCUCAGACAGCGAAGUCCCGCCAGAGCGACCCCCCAAGCCCAGCCACAUGCAGUCCCCGUACCAGAACCUCCCCCCUGCUGGGAAGGGCAUGAACGACACGGACUUAAUGAGCACUGUGCCUGCCCCGCCAAAAGCUCAUACCACGGGGUUAGGAAGUGGCUACGACAUCCCAAGAAGUUCCAACCGCACCGCCAGAACAUCCCAGCCAAGUUUACCUUUUAUUUCCCCGCCCAGUCGGCAGUACCGGAGCACAACUUUAGGCCACACGUAUCUGAACACCCAGACCAGGCCUGGGUCAGGCGAGGUACAGGUCGGGGACAGGCAAAGCAGUGACAUAACCAGGUCUGAGGCCGGGGCGUUUGGCCCCCCGGCCGUGCCCCCACCACGCAAUGGAUCGGCCGGCGAGGAUAAGUCUGCCAGUUCAUCCCUCUACCAGUACCCACCAUCCUCUGCGUCUUCCUUGCCUGGUUCAGGGGCUCCAGGACGGCCUCCAGCCCGGGGUGCAAUGCCCCAGCCUCCCCCUGUUAGCCCUCGGAAUCAUGACAACAGUGUGACCCCUAACCAAGACGAGACCACACCUAUAUUUAGCACCCAGAGAACAAGAAGCUUUAAGCGCCAGAACAAUAUAAACAACAGUUCACCCAAACUCACGACGAAGAAAUCCCACCCCCUCCCCAUGUCUGCACUUGUCCCUGCUCCAAGACCUGCUCCACCCCGACCUAAGGAGGAUGAGGAGGAGAGUUUGCGCAAUAAAAUGGCCCAUCUGGAUACAGAUGAAGAGACCCACCACCCACUUAGUUUGCUCCACUCCGUGCCCGCCCCAGCUGUUGAUAUGGACGCCAUGGACCGAGAACUUAAGUACAUAGAUCUGGAGCUGACCGGCUCUGUGCAGGAUGCCCCCCGCCCCACCCACAGCCACGGCCACACCCACAGCCACACCCACAUGGACAGGGGCAAGGAUCUAGCCACGGAGUACAGGGAGAUUGACUUUGUCAAAACACAGGCUCUCAGUGAUGCUAAGAAAGUCAAGGAAAAAGAAAGGAAAAAUGAUGAUCACAACUGAAGCUAAGAUUAGCAAAUCUGUGUAGACCUAGAGAUGAGGUAAUUUCUACUUUUGUCACAUUUUAAAUUUGGUUUUAAAAACAUGGCCUGGCCUAACAAUGAAAUCAUUAAAUUUGUAUUUUAUGUAUCCUGGCCCUUAUAUUUUAAAAUAAUUUUACUAUUUAGUUUUAAAACGUUUGUAUUUUUUUCUAUCUUUAUGUUAGUCGUUAUCUGACCACCAUGUUAAAUUAAAACAAGUUGUGUAUGCACUACUGUGUAUUGCCAUACUGCUUCUUUUUCAACAAUGUUACCACUGGUCAUUAUGAUGACUCACCAUAAUGACCUCUGGCUGCAAUGUCCAUGGGUCACAAUGUGUCCACUGGGCCGUAUUGUCCAGACAUUGUCCACUAGCCAUAUGUUAAAUGCCUCUUGUGUUACUUUGCCAUAUUGGUGCUU